GAUUUAUAUUCCUCAACCAUUAUUAUAUUGAAUGAAUGAUGGCAUCCCAAACUAUUAAAGAAAAAUUUGUCGAGUUAAAAAAUUCAAAGCAAACACCUCCAAAUGCACGACCAAAGAUACAAAGGGUGCAAGAGUAUCUCAGAAGUAGAAAAAACUUUGAGCAGCAUUACUCACCCAAGUUAGUGUCGAUAGGUCCUAUCCAUCAUGACAAUCCAACUCUGAAGUUAGGAGAGAAGUACAAGCUUAUGUGGGCAGCAAAAUACAUAGAAAACACCGGACUUAUUCCAGAGGAACUACACAAAAAGAUUGCAGAUAACAUUGAUGAACUGAAGGGUCGUUUUAGCGAUGAUGUUUUAACUCUAACCGGAAACUCUCUUCAAGGCUUUGAGUGCCUUGAUGAAAAGCUGUCGUGGAUAUUGUUCAUGGAUGGAUGUUCUUUGCUCCAUAUCUUGGAUAACAUUAUGUACCUACUGCCGAUGAAUAUUAAGGUUGAUCAACUGGCUCUUGUGAGGGAGGAUGUGCUUUUGUUGGAGAAUCAACUGCCUUAUGAAGUACUCAAGCUUUUGUGGAAAGAUGAAGAUGAGAGUGGAUUAAUAAAAAGCAUGAGGAGUUUUCACAACUGUAUUUAUUUUGUAGGGUCAGAGGCAGAGAAAGAGAAGGAGGGAAAUGGAGAACAUAGUGUAUCAAUACCAAAUGAGUCACAGUCAGAAACACCCACACAUCUUCUUGAUCUUCAACGUAAAAUCAUCCUCACCACAUCUAAUUCCAAGAAAAAAAUCAAUGAAGCUAAAAUCAGAGAAUGGAGAUGGAAGAAUUCCGAGGAAAACAUCCCGAUUACAUACAGGGGCAUAGAAGAUCUAAGAGCAGUAGGAAUAAGACUUAAGGCAAGCGCAACAGGGAGGCCAACAGACGUAGAUUUCACUGCAGGAUGGUUUACUGCAAAACUGACUAUUCCUGUAAUCUAUGUGAACAACCUUGCAGCCUCUACUUUACUCAACCUGAUAGCAUAUGAGAUGUGUCCAGAUUUUGACAACGACUGUGGGAUCUGUUCUUAUGUAGCUUUGAUGGACUCACUCAUCGACCAUCCGGAAGAUGUGAAGGUAUUGAGAUCAAAAGGGAUUUUGUGCACGGUUUGGAGUGAUGAGGAAGUUGCCAGUCUUUUCAAUAUCAUAGGUACUGACUUGGUAGCUAACAUAGACAAAUAUUUUUAUGUCCAACUGAAAUUACGUGAGCAUUACUUUAAUAAAUACAAGACUUGGAUAGCGCUGGGUUUUCGUACUUACUUAAACAAUCCUUGGGCCGUUAUUGCCUUCCUUGCUGCUUUUACUGCCCUUGCUCUUACUUUCAUUCAGACAUGGUUUACAGUUCACCCGGCUAACAAAUAAAGGUGCUUCGUUAUGACAAUGUUGUUUUCGUUAUGGCAUUCAUCACUUCUCUGUGGAUUUUUAAUAGGUUGAGUUUUUUAUAUGAAUAAAUUUUAGGUUAAGUUUGUGUGUACGUCGCCAUGACUAUGAGUACUAAUAAAUAAAUAGUGACUUUUUCUUUGUGCUGAGCGUUUCAAUUGAAAACAUGAAUAAAUUAAUAUUCUCAUUGA